GACCUUUCACUUCACCCGAUAAAAAUUUCUGUAGUUUUGUUGUUAGUUGUUGAAUGAUUUUGGAUCUGACAGAAGCGUAUACAUGUGUGUUUAUUCAGCAUAAUUGUGGGGUUACACAGGCUUUUGGAAAGAAAACACGAAGACGUAUUUAUAAACAUGCAGAGACGAAUAAUUUAUCGCUUGCUUGUUAAAAAACGUGUUAUUAAUGUACAUUGAAGGUUGGAAUAAAUGUACAUGAUAGUGACAGAAAAUUCAACAAAAUGACUAGAGAUGUCUUGCAUCAAAGAAUUGGUUUGGUUUAAUGUCACAAACAAUGAUUUUAUGGUUUAUGUGGACAACGUUGGCCCUACUAUGAUUCUAUUUCAAAAUUUUUUAAUUAUUUUCAAGGGUUGAUAUACAAAAGAUAUGUGCUUGUAAAUAGUCAACAAUAACAUCUGUAUCUCUCUUGUUUCAGGCAAACGUAUUGCAUUGAGAAGAAAACAUAAGGCAUACACAAAUAAAGCUAAACUUGAUAAAAGUGUAUCCUUAGUGUCUCUAAAAAAGUCAAACAGUAAAAAUGAAAAAAUUUGUAUCAAAGAGAAUUCUUCUGGAAGAAACAUUUCUAACUAUUUAGGUAAGAAACUAAGGAAUUCAUGUGAAGAUAAUUUUAUAUCUUUGAAUUUAAGAAAUGUAUCCCCUGUAGAUAACAAGCAAAAUCAUGAAGAGGUUAAAAAUCAAUCGAGUUUGGGAAAAAGUGAAAUUACAAAAAAAAAGAUGCCAGAUAAGGUUCAAGAUGAAAAAUUGCUUGUAUCACCAAUAGUUCUUUUGGAAAUAUUGUCUGAAGAUCGAAUAAAGAAAACUACUGUUUUUGAGAAAAUCAAUGUUCCAAGUGUAACCAAUAGUGCUAGCAUUGGUACUACAAAAAAAUCUAGUCAUAGAAAUUUAAGAAAAUAUGUUCGUAAUAAGGCUGAAAUUCAAGAUAUUUUUGAUAAACAAAUCUGUAUUAGCAAACUAGGAUCAAAUGCAAAUGAAAAACAAAAACUUGCAAAUAAAUCAAUUGGCAAAUCAUCAACAAGAUUCGAACUGAAAAUAUCACAUAAUCCGGUAUUGGAUGAACGAAUAAAUAAUGAAGACACUGAUGAUCCAAAAGUUAAAUUAAAGAAUAAUGAAGUAUUUAAUGUAAAAGAAACAUUAUGUCCUGUGAAUAAAAAUGUGGAAUGUGACACUAAAAAGGAAAGGCAUUUAAAACAACAAAUAGAAGAUAAACAAGAAUAUUUUAAUCAAUCAACAACUAACAUUCAAGAAAAUUCUACUCAUAGAACAAAUGCAAAGAUUUCAAUAAAUUGUGAUGAACAAAAAAAUUGCAAAGAUAAGCAUAUGCCUACUGUAAAUGAAAUUAUAAAAGAUUUUACGAAAGAUGAACAAAUUAUAUUUGAAAAAAAAUGUGCAAUUGAUUCAACUUUAAGUGAGAAAAGUCAAAAUUUGAAUGAAUGUUUUACAGAAUAUGAGUUAUGCAUAAAUAAGUUAAACAAAGAUUUACUUGACUCAAAAGUAAACAAUGAGACCAGUAUUAUUGAUGACAAAUCAAUUGAAAGUCAUGGAAAUGAACAAAUAGGAGAAGAAGUAAUUUCAGAUAAUGUUGUAAAUGAUACUUGUAAUGAUGAUGAAGAUGACGAAGAGAUAAUAUUUUACUAUAUAAAUUCCGCCAAUGAAGUAGUGAAAAAGGUUGAUGUAAACAGAAAAAGUUCCAGUAAAAUAGAAAAAAUAAAAGAUGAUAAAGUCAUGUGUAGUAUUCUACCUGCAGUUGAUAAUUGUCUACAAAAUAUCAGUAUAAGUCAACCUGCAAUAAAUAACAGCAAAGUAAUUAUUAAUGUUGAAAACCAAAACGAGAAAGAUGGAUCUAAAAAAACAAUUAAUACUGAUAAAAUCGUAUUAACUACAGAAGAAAAAGAUGUUACUACUGCUCAGUCUAAAUUAAGUGUAAAAAAUAAAACUUUAGAUGAUAAAGUGGCAAAGAUGGAGAAACCUAAGAUUAUAGACAUUUAUCAGCCUACUAUUAAUAAAAAAAAUGAAAAUAUGGAAGUUAAUGUACGUGAAACUAUUGCAAAUGAUGAUUCUAUUGAUAUUAUUCAGCCAAUAAAUACUAAUAGUGUUGCAAAAAUUAUUGUUAACCAAACUGUAAAUACUACAAAAGAUAAGACUAUUAUUAAUAAUGAAACGUUUACUAGAGAAAAAGAGAGAACGAUUAAUUUAAGCCAGCCUACAAUAGUUAAAAAAUCUAACCUUGUCAAUAUUAACCUCCCUAUAGUCGUUGAUAAUAGUGAAAAUAUGGAAGUAGAGCACUGUGUAGUUAUUGAAAAGGAUCAAGGUAAAAACGUUUAUCAGUCUGAAGUUAUUGAUAAAACCGAUGCCAUCAACAAUGAAAAACCAACAGUACACAAAAAAGAUGCAGUAGUAACUAUUAAUCAACCUGUAAAUACUACGAAAAAUAUUAAAAUGAUCAAAGAGACUAUAGUAAGAGAAGGCGAAAUUAAUUAUACUAAUUCACCUGCAACUAUUGACAAAGCUAAAACCAUCAAUCUGAAAAAACCUGUAAUUUCUAAUGUAGGUGAAAAUAUUGAUGUUAAUCAGCUUGUAACUACUGAAAAUAAUGAAAUUUUAAAUAUCGAUCAGUCAGUAUAUACUGAAAAGUAUGAAACUCUUAAUACAAGUCAGGCUAUGGCUACUAAGAAAAACGUCUUAGAAAAAUAUCGGCUCAUUAUUGAAAAAAAUGAAAAUUUAAAAUUCAAACAGUCUGCAGUAAAUGAAAGAACUGAUAGCAUCGAGAUCAAUCACAUUGCAGUCACUGAAAAAGAUAAAACUAAUACUCUUUAUAAACUUGUGAAUACUGAAAAAGACAAAUGCAUAACAAUUGAAUCUAUAACUUCCGAAAGUGAUGAAAUUCCAAUUGUCGGCCAGCAUAUGGCUUCUGGAAAAGAUAUAAAGAUGAAAGCCAAUAAGCCUUUGAUUACAGAAAAUGAAGAAAAUACGAACUUCAAUCGGUCUUUGAUUAUCGAGCCUGAAAAAAAUAUAUACAUCAAUCAAUCUUCGAUUAUCGAAAAUGAGAAAAAUACAAGUUCCAAUCAGCUGGUAAACGACGAAAAUAUUAUAUGUAUUGAAAUAGAUCAACCACCAAUCACUCAGCAAAAUAAGAUCAUAAGCACUAAGAAACUUACAAGUGUUGAAACAAACCCCUCUACAGUUAAUGAAACUGACUUGGUUGAUAUAAUUAAAGUUGAGGAAAUAGCGAAAGUUGGAACUGAUCAAAUUGCUGAUGAUGUGAAUUUACACAAAAUUAAUGGAGAUAUUACAGGUGAAAAUAUUAUGAGUGAAAAUAUUAAAGUUGAAGUUGUGGAUAUUCCAGAAGACAACAUUGAUACCGAAAUUUAUUUAAUUAAUGAUGCAAUAAGCAAUCAAAAUACAUCAAUAAAUGCAGUAUCGACACAGGAUAUCAGAGAAUCUGACACAUUAACAGCAUCAGAAGAUGAGAGAAAUGACGCAUCUAUUCGAGCGUACGAUAACGAUGAGAAUAACCAUGAACAACAGGAGGAUUCUGCGCUUGAUAGUGAAAGUACAAACGACGAAUCAAUGGAUAGAAGUAAAGCUAUGUUUAUCAAUUUUAUGGAAGCCUAUCAGAGAAUGAAAAGGGAUAUAGCCGUAAAUAGCCUGCUUUCAUUAAACGGAGCAUUCAACGACGCCAACUAUGCUGAUAUAGGCUCCGAAAUAUUGCACAUUUCCGAUAAUUCUGAUAAUGAAGACACGGUUGUAGAACAAGAGAAAGAAGAUAUAUUAGCUAUUCAGAAACCAAGUACUGUAGCUGCAGUAACUCCUGUUCUCUCUAUAAAUCCGGUAAAUUCUGUGAAUCUUGUAAAUCCAAUUAGACGUAAAAUUUUAUUACCUAAUGGAGGAGCAGUGAUAAGCGCUUCAAAACUUUAUGGAUGCGGCGAUGGAAUCUCGGUCAAGGAGGGAAAUGAACGUUCGUUUCCGUGUCCGAAAUGUGCUCGAGUUUACAAAGGGGAAACCACUUACAGGAAACAUAAGAAAAGGUGCACUGAAGACCCAGUACUUUUGUCAUGCAUAUUAUGUUUGAAGAAGGUAAAACAUAAACGGAGCCUCGUUGAACACUUGAGAAGAGUCCAUAAAAAUCAAGUAAUGGAUCAUGAAAUUAAGGAAAUCGUGAAUGACGUAGUCAAAGAAGCAAAGUUCAGAAAAAAUACGAAAACACCGAUUGCAUCGUCUAUAAUCGAAUUACCGGAGUACGUCAAGCUAUUCUGCAAUAGAUGCGGUAAAAUAUACGAUUGCGUCGACUCGAGUUACUAUAGAGAGUGCGGGACCUGCAGCGUAUCCCUGCUUAUUUUUUGUCAACGCUGCGAUACGCGCUGCGUAGUUUCGCCGAGAAUAUCCAUACACUUAAACGGUGACUGUAAGGUCGGUGAGCCGAUCAAGUGUCCUCAUUGUGAUUUCGUCUCUAGCCAACGUCAUCACAUCUAUCAGCAUAUCGAAGAUGCACAUAAAGCAGUCCCACCGACAAAAGAGCCCAUGCUCUGCAACAAAGGCUGCGGUCGCAAAUUCGACCGCGAUUUGGCUUUGCGUAGGCACGAGAAGCACUGCGGCACCAAACCUAAUCUACGCUGCAAGUUCUGCAAGUACAAGACCAGACACAGGUCUGCCAUUAAGAUGCACAUGCAACAGCACGUCUUGAGAAACGAUACUAAGUUGUUUGAACGCAGUUUUUCAGAUAGCGACACUUCUGAUUCUAACAGGAUACCUGCUUUGGAGGUUGAUGAAAACAGUGUGCGAAACCUGAUGAAGGCGUAUUGCUCGACAUGCAAAGUAGCAGUGCCGAUGCCACCGAGGUAUGUCCACGACUGCAUAACGUGUAGAACACGUCUGACGUACAACUGCAACAGGUGUUACCUGGUGCCAUCCAGGAGCCACGACUAUCGGCACGUACGCGUCCAUGUGAUUCGCUGUCACGCGGAAAAGGUAUAUAAAUGCUCCUCGUGCAAUCGUCGCUUCGCCUACUACUACGACUACAAUUAUCACAAGUCGAACUGCGACAAGAACAUGAGCUUCCGGUGUAAUCUUUGCCCGUACAAAAGCAAUAUGCUGAAGGGACUUCAAGGACAUAUGAGACGCAUUCAUCCAAAUGGUCUGGUGGAAAUCCAUCAUUGCAGUCAGUGCUCCAAAAAUUUUAGUACUAAGGACACCUUGCAGAGACACCUGCGCUUGUACUGCGGUGUCGAACCCAACUUCUCAUGUGCUCAUUGCGAGUUCCGUACUAAGUCCAAGUUUAGUCUGAUCAGGCACAUUCAGAAUAAACAUAGCGAAAUCUUCGAGCACUGUCGGUUUCAGUGCGUCCACUGUCAAAAAGUGUAUAGUAAUUUGUAUGCCCAUGAUACGCACGUCACAAUAUGUCCUGAGAAACCGCAUUAAACUUCAAUGUUUCAAAGUGGCUCAUUUGGUUUUUCUAAAAUCAUAAUUGUAUUUGUUUUAACAGUAAUUCCGUAGCGCCAAAGUUUCUGAUUCCUCCCGACGAGCUACUCGCAAUCUGAUGAAUUUGGUUUUCAUUGUGACCAGUCUUGGACUUGUAUCUUCGUUUUUGUAAAAUCUCACCAAUUUAUUUAAAUUUUAUAGCAUGGAAUUUAUUUAGAUGUUUUAUGAAAUACGAAUUAGUACAAAAAUUACUGUUAUUUAUUGAACUAUCAUUACAAUACCAUAGCCUUAUAUAAUAAAAAGUAAGAUUAUCUUAUUUUUAAAGUAAAUUUCUACAGAUUAUUUAAUUAAUAAGAAUGCCUAUACAUGAAAAUUUGCUUGAAAAUUAUUACAUAUACGGAUGUUCCGAAAAUCCGAUCUAGAAAUAAACAAAAUUUUAUAAAAUCA